AUGAAUGACUGUGUUCUCCGUCCUGCCCAGAGUCACAGAUCAUUUUGGUUGUCUGGGAGGAAAACAAAGCUUGAGACCCAAGAUGAAGGCAGAGAAGGAGGCUCCUUCAAAAGCUAAAAUAAUUUCCCAGAUUUUAAUGCUCAUGUGUCUCGGUUCCUUCAAUUCAGGUGGGGUGGUGGCAGUGAAUAUGACCAUCCCCAACACUCUCAUUAGAGGUACAGUAGGGGGGGAGGCCCUGCUGUCUGUCCGCUAUAGUAGCUUCAGCCUCGACCUGCCGGUCAUCAAGUGGCAGCUCAAGAGGGAAAAGUCUGUCACUGUUGUCCAGUCAAUUGGAACUGACAUCAUUGGGACCCUGAGGCCCGAGUAUCGUGACCGGAUCCUGGUAUUUGAAAAUGGGACUCUGCUUCUCCACAACCUCAGGCUCUCUGAUGACGGAACUUAUGACGUGGAGAUCUCCAUCACAGAUGACACCUUUACAGGAGAGGGCACUAUCACGCUCACUGUGGAUGAGUUGAUAUCCAGGCCCUAUAUCCACAUGGAAGCUUCAUCAGUACUGGAGCUCAGCGAAAACGUCAUCCUCAACUGCUCCCAUGACAAUGGAACCAGGAAUGCCUACAGGUGGUUCAAAGGUGGAAAGCCACUGACCAACGUGUCGAGGUUCAUGUUGUCACCUGACCAGAAGCUCUUGACCAUCACACGGGUGUUGAUGGCAGAUGAUGACAUCUACAGCUGCACAGUGGAGAAUCUUGUGGGUAACAUGACAAGCCUGCCAAUCAGACUGACGGUCUACAGAAGAAGUUCCCUCUAUAUCAUCCUUUCCACUGGGGGCAUUUUCCUCCUCAUCACUUUGGUGACAGUGUGUGCCUGCUGGACGCCUUCCAAAAAGCGAAGACAUCCAGCUACAAAGCCUCUCUCCAGCUUGUAUGACCACUUGGAUCACUCACCACUCAGUCAAACAGCUGAUAUGCUUCUGAAAAGGACAGAGCAUAAUGGAAAAAACGCUGUAACUUCACUUUACAUCCUGCAGCAAAAGGAUCCCUCAAUGGAUGACUCAUCCAGCAACAGUAUUGGAUCUCCUUCUGAACUGGACAACCCUCCGUGCUACUACAGUUCCCCCAACUACACCGAAUCUCUGACCCAGUCUAAUGGGUCCCCUGCCCGCUCUUCCCACAGGUAUACCUGAAAUCCCAUCAGUUUAAACGCUCCACACGCAGCUAGUGGGAGGACGGUCCUACUGUGUGCUGCUCCUGACACUGGGUGGCAACUUCCUGCACAUCGGCCCGGAGUUUGGGAAAGAUCGCUUUCAAAAUCUGGGGUUUUACAAUAAUGUAAUUGCUGCCUGUUGAUAUGUUUUUAUUAAAGUAAACUGUAACUUAGAUAUAGAUUGCUUUUAAAGUUAGAAGCACAGACUGUAGAGAAAUUUAAAGCCUCUAUUUGGUUUUAUCACUAACCACCAUUGUUGUUGUUGGUUACUGGAUCUACAAAAUCAAAACAUUUGCAAUGGGCACGGAGUCUGCAUGAAGUUGAGGUGGGGUAAGAAAGAUGCAAGACUAUACAUUGAUAAUAAUACUGUUGUUAUGCUCAAUUCAAAAUGAUCAACAACAUUGGGUUUGUUACAGAUUAAGUGGUUUUAAAGAAAAUAAAUCACCCUCAGAAAUGUCACUUUAUUACUCUUUUACAGUGUUAUGUGUGAUAUUGUCUCUAGUGUUGAUGAAAGGAAAUGAAGCUGUUACUUUGUAACAUUUUGUGAAAUAAUGUAAAUUACUAUUUUAGUUAUACUAGAUAAUUUAAUAGCAUUUUUAAUGGGCCAGACAGAGAAAAGACCAGUUGAUGGAGGAUAUUUCAAUUUUAUACUUAAAUAAAAUGUGAAACAUUU